GGAAGGUCGAAAGAGAAUGGAUCACUCCCUUCGGCCAAGGUGCACUGGAAGUUCGCGACAUUUUCCUCAUCGAUGAUCCGAAUCGCUCUGCGAUGGGCGCCUCGACGACGCGAGUCGAAGCCUUGUUGCGGGAGGACGAGGCCUUGCGAGAUGCGCUCACAGAGAGUCUGGUGGAAGCAACCAAAGACUCGGUCAGGAGUCGUGAAGAUUUUCAAGUGCUCAAAGACGGCAUACUCCCCAGCCUGUACAACAAGAAAGGAGCCAAGAUGACCAGGAGAGCGGACAAAGCAGAUGAAGCAGACGAGGCAAACUCGUCAGCGAGUGCCUCAGGAGACGAGGAUAGCAACUCAGACAAUGUCGACGAUGUAAUAGAGGCGCUGCUGGCCGCGGACAAACUGAACAGAGACCACGAUCAUCUCGCGUUUUUCAACGGCUUCAUCGUUGGAACUUUGCGGCCGACGGAAGUGUAGGUUAGCAUAAGUAGACUCUCUCGCCAGUUUUAUGAGUUCCAUACUCAUUGAUUUACCGUAGAUCAUGUAAAUGCACAUUAUAUAUAACACCGGAGGCGUUGCACAGGACUCCGGCCUGCCUUCGAAGGUGAGACCUAUGGGGCUGACAGGACGACUAUAGCGCCGGCGCGUGUUUAGUUUUAGCAAGUAGGAGGAUACUCGCUGCAAACUACCUGCGUUUUCGCUUUUCUAUCUUCCUCUGGUCUUUCUUUUUUCUAGUUAGGUCGGCUCCGCCACAAUUAUAACACCAAAAGACCUAGAUGUCUAUCAUGCACGAUAAUAACAGGGAAUCUAAAUUAAGAGGAACACAAGAAGGAAAAUAGAGAAUGACCUUUGCAGCAGAAGUCGCUAAAUGCAGGCACAGAUCGAGAUGCGUGGAAAGACUCUCGCACUUAUUUAGAAAAGACGGCUUCCGCUUGCAUCGUACGAUGCAUUUUCCUACCUCAUCUGGCCCGAGUACAUGUGUUUGGACAACUAGGACAACUUAAACCCAUAUUUAUAAUAAUAAAUAUCUUUCCCGUGCGUUCACCCGUGCCGCUGCACCAGAUCCACCAGUCCAUAGCAGAG